CUCAUUGUUAGCUUUCCCGAAGUUCACCAUGGGUACCAUCGACACACAUCACCAUCUGAUUCCGCCCAAGUUCACCGAGUUAUGGAAUGCCAAUAUUGAGAAGGCACGGGGAUUAAAGCUUCCAACUUGGACCAAAGAGGGUACUUUGCGGUCGCUAGAUGACUGCAAUAUUGCUACGGCGAUCCUCUCCCUCGGCCAUCCAAUUCAUCCCUACGUGAGCGACCCAGGGCAGGUGGGACCCAUCUGCCGUGAGAUCAAUGAAUAUACAGCCCAAUUCCGUGACAGUCAUCCGGACCGCAUUGGAUUCUUCGCAACAUUGCCACCGCUCGACCAACCGGGCGCCUGCAUUGCGGAGAUUAGAUACGCCUUCGAGGAGCUGCACGCGGAUGGCGUCGUCAUCUUUACCAGCUACGCCGGGAAGUACCUAGGCCACCCUGAGUUUCUCGAUGUAUGGGCCGAGUUGAACCGCCAUCAGGCGGUAAUUCUUAUUCAUCCAGGGUUUGAGGGCAUGGCCCCGAUCGAAGAGCCACGUCUCCUCGCAGCGCCGGUGUUGGACUGGACCCAUGAGACAACCAGGACCGCCGUUCAUCUGAUCACCACCAACAUCAUCCGCGACUAUGCCCAAUGCAAAAUAAUUUUAUCUCAUGCGGGUGGCACGCUGCCCUAUGUGAUCAAUCGAGCCGCAGUGCUGUGCAGUCGGCUGCGCAUCGGGGACAAGACGGAGGAAGAGUUCAUCGACGAAGCCCGGGCCUUGUAUAUCGAUGUCGCAUUUAGCGGUUAUGAGCCUCAGCUGCGACUGCUCAAAGAAUUUGCCAAACCAGGCCAUGUGUUGUUCGGAAGUGACUAUCCCUGGGAGCACGCCGAUGUCAUGCAGGUUCAGCUCGCGGCUACGGAUGCCGUUUUUGCUCAGGAGACGCGUGAGGCUGGAUUGAAAUUGUUCCCGCGGCUGAACCAGCGGGCUUCUUGACUGACUGAGGAGUUGAUUGAUCGAAUGAGCCUCAAGUCGCUGAGAGAGGGAUGUUACAUCUAUAGCUCAC